AUGGUGACCAAUGGUUUGCUGCCACAUCACUCACGGCAACAUCCGUCCCUCAUGCCUCCCUUCCCACAUCUACCUUCUCGACUGCUCCCCCACCAACCCUCGCCCCACCCUCGCCACCACCACCCUCUCCCCCACCCUCGCCCCCAUCCUCGCCCUGCCCUUCCUCGUGUAAUAGAGCCCACUCUCUCCCUGCACACCCACGGCAUCACCCACAGCGGCAUCCUUCCCUCGUGCCUCCCCUCUCCUCCAUCUGCUAUCUUGACUGUUCCUCCCACCCACCCUCUCUCCCACCGUCUCUCACGCACCCCUUUCCUGCACCCACUCUCCAACCCUCGCCCGUCACUCCUGCAUGCCGAUGGUGCUGCUGCAUGCUGCUGCUGUCCCUGUCUCUCUGCCCCUGUCUCUCUGCCCCUGUCUCUCUGCCCCUGUCUCUCUGCCCCUGUCUCUCUGUCCCUGUCUCUCUGCCCCUGUCUCUCUGCCCCUGUCUCUCUGCCCCUGUCUCUCUGCCCCUGUCUCUCUGCCCCUGUCACUCUGUCCCUAUUUCUCUGUCCACGUCUCUCUGAAGGGGAGGGGCCGCCAUCUGAUGUGUGGGCGUUGGGGUGCCUGGCCUUGGCCAUUGCCACUGGAGCAUAG